UCUCUCUCUCUCUCUCUCUCUCUCUCGUCACACUGCGCGAGCGAACGAGUCGUUAGGGUUUCUCCGGCCGGAUCUGGUAAUCCCGUGCUCCUUGGUACUAUGGGGUUGUGCGAUCUCUUUCUCUUUCUUGUUGGAGUGCGCUUUCCGGGGUUUGAUCGCGUUGUGAUUGGGGAUCGGACCUGUUUUGGCUAAAGAUUCCAUCUCGGGCUGCGUUCUUGGCAGAAUCGGGCAAUGUGUUUCAGAUCUCUGGUUUUGCUUUAGUUUCCUUGGUAGAUAUUGGGGCAUUUCGGUUGGAACGUUUGCGGCUUGCGUAACUCGUGUGUUUUUAAGCUGGUUGAGCUUGUAUCGGUUCCUGGUGACAUAAAAAAAAGGGGGGUUUCUCGCUUAUGCCCAUUCCUCAGCUUGAUGCGGGACUAUAUUGCGGUUUCUUUCAGAAUAUCAGGGAAUAACCAAGGGCCACUUGUUCUUUGAGUGACAAGAUAAUGGAGGGGGAGAUAGGUGUAGAUGCAUUGCUUGAUUAUGCAAUCUUCCAGAUGUCAUCAACUCAAAACAGUUACGAGGCUCUCAUUUGUAAUGAUGGCAAAAUCGAAAAAUUAGCUUGUGGUCCUCUGGAUCAGCUCACAUUGCAUUUACCACAAGUGAAGGGAUUUCAGUCAAACUCAUCUGGCAAUAGCUUUAAAUUGGAUUUGAGUAAAAGCUUCAAAGGUUCAUCUUGGUUCACCAAGUUCACUUUAGCUAGGUUUUUGCAUAUUGUUAACUACCCUGAUGCAAUAAGAUCUGCCAAUGCAAUUUUAAAUGAGAUGUCCCAGUUGGAGGAUACCAGAAGAUUUCAUCUCACGCACUAUUCUAAGGAUCACCCAGGCCAUUCUGGAGGCAUUACGUCAGGUGGCCACUUGAAAAAUGUUGGAUCAACACAAAAUAUAAAAGUUGAGACAGGGUCAUCAGAUGUGACAAAGAAUGAAUUGUUGCGAGCAAUGGAAUUAAGACUUACUGUCCUAAAAGAAGAGUUAGCGGCUUCUUUCAACCGAGCUGCAGGCGCUACUUUAUCGGUCAAACAGAUAUCUGAUCUAGCAGCAUUUUCACAGCAUUUUGAAGUGAGAGAUUUGAGGGACCCUUUAUCAAAGUACUUAUCAUUGAUCCAAGAAGAUCAAGUGGUUGAAUUGUCGGUUGAAAAAAUGAUCUCGGAUGAUACAAGGAAAGACUCUGAGGUUGUUGCAGAAGAGAUACAUCCCUCAAGUCCAGAGUCCGGUAAAGCAAAACCUCUUCACGUGGGCAUCUCCCCAGCCAAAAUUGCACAAGCUGAGCGGCAGAGCUCGAUAGAAGGUGAUUCUUCUGAGUCUAGUGAUGAAGAUCAGACAAUUACUGAAAGAAGCCGACCUAUUAUGAGAUCUGUGACCCCUAGAAGGUCUGCUUCUCCCAUGCGACGAAUACAAAUAGGAAGGUCUGGGUCUCGCAGGUCUACCGCACUGACCAUUAAGAGUCUCAGUUACUAUCCUGCCAGGGAAAGGAUUACAUUAAACAGGGAUGUUGAUGAUAAUAACAGCGGAGAUGAAGAGGCACAUCAGCCAGUGAAGAAGCCUGAGAAUACAGUGAGAAGGAUGAGCGUCCAAGAGGCAAUUAGUCUCUUUGAAAGCAAACAGAAAGAUCAAAAUUUGGAUGUUCAGAAGAGGAGGGCUUCAGGAGAAGUCUCUCUGAGUACCAACAAAGUUGUGUUAAGGAGAUGGAGUUCUGGUAUGAGUGAUUCUCUGACUUGUUCUCAGGAAAAUGCUUCUGAGGAUGUGUCUCCGAAUAACCAUGCCGAUUUGGUUCCUGAGGCAGGAGACAAUAUAGCGACUGAUGUGAUGGUUGAGUCUAAUAUUUCUCCAGGCAAUUUAAAUGCAACUGCAUCUGAAACUGCUCAGAUCACUGAAUCAUCAGAGACGGAGAUAAUGAUAUCCCCUUCAAAGGAUAGUCCUGCUGAGUUAGUAACAUCCCAAGCUGAAGAAGUGGAUGAUAAAGCGACUAUGUCAGCUGAGUGGAGUAGGCAGAAAGAAGAGGAACUUAAUCAAAUGUUGAUGAAGAUGAUGGAGAGCAGGACUGGCAAAUACCGAGGCACUAAAUCUGGUUCUAGUGGAUCUCUGUCUACCUCAAAUGAGCAGAGAGGUGGUUUUUAUAGUCAGUAUAAGGAGAAAAGGGAUGAGAAACUUCGAGCAGGAAAUGUCAAGAAACAUUCGUCGAUGGAAGCACAACUUAAGGUGUUGCAGGAAACCCUGAAACCAAGCAAAGCAGAAGCUGCCUCAAAAUCUGGAGUUGCUAUCAAAAAGCUUGACUCACCCAGCAAUUCUCAGCGUCCCCGAAGAAAUUCGUCUCCACCGGUGUUACACAAGAACGAAGUUUCAAAAACAGCAGCACCCAGAAAAGCUUCACCGAAAUCAUCACCAGUGCCAACUACACGUGGUUCAUGGUCAUCAGGACCAUUGCAAAAGGCAAGUGGAAACCAACCAGCUAAAAGUUCUCCCAGAGUGUCUUCUGCUAAUAACACAUUGAGCCGCCGGAAGUUCCAGUCUACUUCUCCAACUUCACCUAGCCCCAAAACCGAAAGGCCAUUGCGUCAACCUAAAGGUAAGCCAGAAGCCAAAACUGAUGCUAAGCCAACUAUAAAAAGCCAAGGAGAAAAGAAGCCGAAAACGACAACAAAUACCAACAAAUCUGUGAAAACCAAAGCUCAAUCAGCUUCUGGAGAUGAUUCAGGUUCAGCAACGGCAAAGCCAAGUUUUUACAAUAAAGUUACAAAGAAGAGUAGUGUUGUUCCUUUGGAGGCCAAACCCUUUUUGAAAAAAGGUACUGGGAUUGGGUCUGGUGUUGGUCCUGUGAUAAACAAGACUAGAGUUACUCAGUCUGACAAUUCAUCAAAGAAAAGUGACAGUACUAGUCAAGCUGAAGAAAAGGAGCCCACUCCUGAGACAAUUGAAACUACUGCUAAGGUAUUGGAGGUUGAUCUUGCUCAACAAGCAAAUGAUGUUGAUGCAAAUUUAGUUACUUCACUAGAUAAUGAUUUAAAUCUUGAAAAAACAGAAAAUAUGGAUCAAAGUUUAGCGGAAGUUGAUGAUGGGCUCAAGAACUCUGUAGAACUUCCUGUUGCUGAGAUUCAACCUGAUGAGGAUAUAAGCAUAUCCUCAGCUGCAUGGGUGGAAGUAGAACAUCAGGAAGUUUCCGCUGCAUAUGAAACUGGCCUGUCCAAAGUCUCUGUCUCCACCGCACUUGAACCACCGCUCCUAUCAAGUCCACGUGUCCGACAUUCAUUAUCCCAAAUGCUUCAAGCAGACAACAAUGAACCAGAUAUCAUCGAGUGGGGAAAUGCCGAAAACCCUCCUGCACUGAUCUAUCACAAAGAUGCUCCCAAGGGAUUGAAGAGGCUUUUAAAGUUUGCUCGUAAGAGCAAGGGAGAGGCAAAUGUGACUGGCUGGGCUAGCCCAUCAGUCUUCUCAGAAGGAGAGGAUGACACAGAAGAUUCCAAAGCUGCUAAUAAGAACUUAGAUCAAUCGAGAAGAACUGCCCUUCAAACCAGGAAAUCCAUGCUUGGUGAAGGUUUGCAUGAUGGAAGUUCGAGCAAGAGGACAAUGGAGUACCAUGGAGUUCACAAUGCCUUGGCAGGUUCUGAAAAAUUUCAAAAAGGUCAAGUUUCAUCAACAACCACCUCAACUAAAGCAGCUAGGUCAUUCUUCUCUCUCUCAACAUUUAGGAGCAGCAAAUCGAAUGAGACGAAACCUCGAUAGUCUGCGGAGCCACAAGUCAUAGUGCAGAUAUGUUCCUUCAACUAGCUCCUGUAGGUGUCUUACCUUGGCCAGGUAUAGAGAAGCCAGCACUGGUUCGAGGAAAUGUAUGCUCCCCCACUUCUUUGAUAAUGGGAGAGCCAUUGUGUGUUUUUGUUCGUUCUUUUUGUUGUCUAUGUAAUAUCAUGAUCGCAAGAACAAUUUUAUCACAGUAUAAACUUGAUUUCAUGUGAGGUGAGCAUUGGUACGAUCAGAAUUGAUGUGACUAAUGUAAUGAAUGACAUGCUGCAAUGAAGUCUAUCGUUUUUAUCUGCC